CGGAAUUACGGAUAUUCUAGUGAAACGUUUUGUCGUGAUAGACUUGAUACUUCACAUAAUCAACUACUAACAUCAUGGGUGGGAAGCGAACGAAAAAUAACACAAAGCCAUCGAGCAGCGGACGCAGUGCGGAACUGCUCGGUACCUCCGUGCCGACCCUGUUCGGGUUUUCCGCACUGGACAGCACCAGCAUGCCGGUCGUGCCAGGAUUUGUGCAGAUCGAUGCCGGCGCUGGCGACGAAACGAUGGAUCCCAACCUGGACGACACGCUCCAGAUAGUGCUGCGUAAGAUGCUGAAAAAGGAUCCGGUCACGAAAACGAAAGCCCUGCUCGAGUUCACCGAGCUGAUCAAUAGUGCCGAGCUGGAAGUGGUGAAAGCGGUGCUACCGUUUUGGCCCCGUCUGUUCGUCAACCUUUCGACGGAUGCGGAACAUCGCGUUCGCGAGACGGCCCAGCAGGCGCAGGCAGCAAUAGUGGCACGUGCCGGGAAGAACAUUGCCCCGUUCCUGCGUCAGCUGGCACCGGCCUGGAUUUCGUCGCAGUACGAUACGUAUGCCCCGGCGGCCAGUGUUGCAUCGCAGUCGUUCAACAGUGCCUUCCCGCCGGGGAAGGUAAACGAGGUGUUUGUGUAUUGUGAAAAUGAAAUACUCGAUUACUACACGAAGAACCUUACCGUCCAUACGGCCAUCACCUUGAGCAAUCCCAAGUCUCAUACGCCGGAAGAAUGUGAAAACAAAUACCAGCGUGUGCUCAUUUCGAGCCUUCGAGGGUACGCCCUUUACCUUGGCAAAAUUCCAGCUGAAAACCUGAAAAAAUCAGCGGAAAAAAAUACUAAACUGCUCGAGAGUCCCAAAUUCUGGACGUACCACAAGCACAAAACGGCCGCCAUUCGGUCCGCCUGGUUCGAGGUCAUCUCGGCCUUGCUUCAACACGCGGUCUUUCUGGUGGAACAACAUCAGGCCCAGGUAACGACCAGUGUGUUCCAGUUCUUGGACGAAAGCGACCCAACCGUCGUUUCGCACGUUUGGAGCUCGAUCGUGAUGAUACAGGCGAACUUGCCCGGCUGGCAUACGCACCUGAACUUCGACAAGGCGGUGUUUCCAAAACUAUGGAAGCUACUGAAGAGUGGCGGAGAUGGUAACGCUGCCUGCGUUUACCCGCACAUGCUCCCACUGGUGUCGGGAUUUACGCGCGAAGUGCUCGGUGCGGACCGGUUGGCAAAGUUUUACGGGUUGUUCUUCGAGAGCAUGAACGAAGGCCUAAAGGUGGUACAGUCGAGCCGUGCGGAUGUCUCGGCCGUCUCACAGGCAUACUAUGAGGCAUUCCAGUACGUGGUCCUGCAGGUGCAGCGGGACGAAGCGAUGGCGGAGAACGAGCGGACGGAAUUUUGUCUCAAUCUGCUCGAGCACCACCUGAUAGGGGUGAUUGCUUGGUGCAUAACGAGUGAAGCGGCCUGCGGCAAGUACGUGUUUCAAAACAUGGCCAACCUACUGGACCACUGGUGUCAGCACAGUGGGACGCACAAACUUUACGAACGGCUACUGGUGACCUUCUGGGAACGGCUGUACGGCGUGGUGAAGGAGAGUGUCAACAACAAAGAAAACGCAUCCACCAUCACCGAUUCGCACGUGGAUCUGGUGCAAAACCUUAAGCGAACCUCCCACAAGCGUGUCAAAUUUGCGGCGCCGGUGGUGGAAAGCCACGAUGCGGUCGACGGUGCCGGCAGCUGUCCACUUACGACCGGUGACCACGCGAGCCGCUUCGAAAACCAACUGCAACUGCUCGUUUACCGCAUCUGUCAGUUGUACAUUGCCAAAAUUAGCGUCGAGCGCGACGAAGGAUAUAUUUUGCAGCUGGAGUUUUUGAUCCGAGCGUUCCAGUGCCACGAGCUGUUCGUCUUUCUGGCGGACGGAAGCGAAAACAUCAAAACGCUCUUCGAAACCUUCGCCCGGUGGUUGCAGGACGGGAAACUACAGUCGGAAUACAUCGUUGAGCUGAUUAUGAUUCUGUACAAAUAUCUUGACGCAUCGGAGCGCAUCGCUUUGCUGAACAAAUGGAUAAAGAUGGCAAAUAAGACAGUGCAAAGCUGGAUCAUUAUGCGUGCCCUCAGCCAUCCGCUGUGUCAGGAGCCCAACAUAAAGCAGUUCCUUUCGCAGCCGGAAGUGACCAACAACAUCGUCAACUGUGCGCACAGUGUGGCCACCGGGGACACGAAGGACAAUAUGAUUCUACUUCAAAAGUGUUUCUUCGUGACCAGCAGCGGCGAAAUACUGAUCGACGAGCAAACGUGCCGAAAGAUACUCGAUACCGUGGCAGCCCCUCUGGGCGACCCAUCCAAGGAAGAGCUGCACGAUGGAUGCAUCAGCUUUCUGGCUCAGAUAAUGCCCGUCAUCUGCUCUGAUGCUCGAUUGACCGAGCUACAUCGGAUGCUGUUCUGUACGCUGUUUGAAUUCACUGUGCAAAAUGUGGUAUCCGAUCACCUUUCGGAUGAUACACUGUGGGAAGCGACGACAGCCUGGCAGGAUGCGCUCGGCGGGGAAGAUAUUGAGUUGGAUGGCCCGUUAAUCGAACGGUGCGUCAGCGAGAUGGACAAACGUUUGCGCGAGCUGGCCACCACGGGCGGGGACGGUGCGAACACUCUAGAGCUGGUGGAAAAGCUUGCCGAAGUUACAGCGAAACUGCUCGCCUGUUCGACGGAGGCGAAUAAACGCAAUGAACAGGAACGAUGCAAGCAGCUCAUCGGGAUGUGGAAGGAACUAUCUGCCAAAAGUGCGACCGAAGAGAUGGCCCAAGCGGAAGCGACGGCACAACUGGCGGAGUACAUCGAACUGCUGCUUGGAAAACUCACCACCAAUCGAACGAAAUCUCCCACUCUAACGAUGACGAACGAAGAGUUUAGCAGCAAAAUGAAAAGCUCGCUGGUUCGAGCAGUCCAUACGCUGAGUGUCGUGGUUAAACUGUCCUGUAAGGUGAAAGCAAAGCCAGUGUUGGCAGUGAAAGAUAAGAUGGAACAAGACAAAUCGAACGAUUGUGAGGAAAUGGAUGUGUGCGACGACGACGACGAAGACGCAAGUGAUGAGAUGCUUAUCUUACGCAGUUGGUCCGAAUUCGUUUACGAAAAAGUACUGUCUGUGAUAUACCUGGCCACCGUGGGGGAAACUAUUCUAUACAAUACGGAGCAGUUGGAACCAAUGGUGGAAUGCUUGAUAAUUGCUGUGCAGGAAAAGCUGUCCCUUUUGCUAACGAAUGCUCCCCCGGGUGUACUGGGGGAAAUAAAACGAAGGUUGUUUGCCCUUUCGAACGAACACGGUAUGCUUUGGGCGAAGAGUCUUGGCACGCUGCUCGUGGUUGAUCAGUACGCGGAGAAAGAUAGUGGACCGGUGCUAUUGUACGAGGAUGCAUCAACUACCGCAAGCAAUAACAGUGAGGAUCUUAUGGCGUACAUAAACAUUCUGCAGAGUUUGGCGGCCAAAAUGGAUCAAAAGUGUCUCCCGAUCGGACCGAAUCUGUUCGAAAACUAUUUCGACAUACUGGUGAAGCUUUGUUCGGCGCGCUGCCUAAUAGAAAAUCAUUUCUCGUCGAACUACAACGAACUGAACGAUCGUAAAAUUAUCGGCAACUGUUUGAUCGUGCUGCACGAGCUGAUCUCGCGCCAGACGACCAACAAAAUGUUGCUCUACAAUUGCGAUCUUAAUAAUGCGGACGAAAACAAAAUCUUCCUUGACGCCGAGGUGGCAAAUGUUCUUACGAUUGUGCUGCGUUAUUUCCCCUCCGAGUUGGAUAUCAGCAAAUGGGAUUUUAUUCGUAUUGCGCUCAGUUCGUGGACACUUACCGUUUCGAAGAGCUUUAACAACUUCCGUUCGCACAAUAUUUCUCUCUUCAUCGCCUCGAUAUUCCGGUUGUUCAACGGAUUGACGCUGUAUUUCGGUGAAGAGCGAAAGCGAAGCUCUUCGGAACUGUUGAGCAACGUUAUCGAAGAGUGGGACAAUGUAUUUGCGAAGGAUGUGAACCUGGUGCUACUGAGGGCAUAUGUCGGCAUUGUUAAUGAAAUAGAUUGUAAAAGAAAAAUAGACCAAUACUUCAUCGAUACCAUCAGUCCCUACGUUGAAUCUGUGGACUUAAGUUUUGUUUUAAAGGCCAAUAAAAUAGACGGAAAAACGUCGCUCGAUGAUCUGCUAGCGUUUGCUCUCGUAAAUAUUCAGCACUGGAACAAGCGCGUCCGUUUUGCCGCCACUACAAUACUUCGGUCCCUAGCGAUCGGUUUGAUCCAGCGCGAUCUUGAUCAGUUGCAGAAGCGUAACGAGUCGUCCGAGCAGCACCAAAAGAGCGGCGAAGAACCGGAAGACAGUUGGCAUCUGCUGCAGCGGUUCAAGCCGGAGCUCGAUCAGUUUGAGAACGUUCUGGGUGAAUUCGUGGCCGAUUUCAGCUACAAAGCGACGGAGGUAGAUGGAGCGGUCGUUAAAACGGUUGACGAUGAUCGACUGCAAGAAGCGAGAUCCCGUUGCAUGUCGUUUCUGCUACUGUGGGACUGUAUUCUCGGUAUCUGUGCCAAAGCCCCGUCCGAGUUGCGGUCCAUCUAUGCUUCCUGGAUAUCGCGUAACAAAUUUGAACAACUUCUAUUACCUGUACUGUUUAAGCUAAUGCCACAGGAAAUUCUACGCAAUCCCGAUUCGUGCGCCGUUUACGGUCAGACGAUGUUUUCCAGCUUGGAGUGGAAUCAAAUUAAAAAUCCAAAUGUGAAGCUGGAUCGCUACGCCUGUCAUCUAUACACGCAAACGUUGCGCCAUCUACCGGUGAUCGUGCGUCGAUGGUUUAACGGUCUGAACCAUCGACACUCGACGAUUGUGAGCAAGAUAACGGCUAACUGUGUGUCCGGACUGCUAUGCCAGGAAGAAUUCCAGGCCUUAGUAGAGCGCAAAGAUCGGCAGGACAAUAUGCAGAUCAAGGUACACUCGGCCAUGCGCCAGGUGACGGCUGUCUAUUCGAUCGACGAGGCCAAGAUGGAGCUGCACAUAACGCUACCGAACAAUUUCCCGCUCGGCGCCGUCACGGUGGAAGGAGGCAAGCAAAUCGGUGGCCGUUUACAGUCCCGCCAGGUUGUCAUGCAACUCUCCAUUUUCCUCACCCAUCAGAACGGAUCCAUCGGAGACGGAUUGUCGUUGUGGAAGCGCAAUCUUGAUCGCAAGUUUGAAGGUGUGGAGGAAUGUUACGUGUGCUACAGUGUGAUCCACCAGGACACGUGCCAGCUGCCGAAGCUUUCCUGCAAAACGUGCAAGAAAAAGUUCCACGGUCCCUGUCUUUACCGCUGGUUUAGUACGAGUAACAAAUCAACGUGUCCAAUUUGCAGGAAUAUAUUUUAAUUAAAGAGCUCGUCAACGAUUCAAGUAUCUUACCGAGAUCAAGACAUAUUCUCAGAAAAUGAAACAAAAAAACAUGUAUAGUUUAGGUACAGUAGAAUACAGGAAUUGUACGUUGCCUUUAUUGAACUGAAAA